AACAUGGCCGAUAAAGCUCCUCAGUCUCCCACCAUGUGGAUAACCCAGAACGUCGCUCUGCGUGACCUAGUGUUUGCUUCCUGCGUGCUGUAGUGGAACGGCAUGGCUUCAUCUGCGAAGAGGCGAGCUAUUGAAACGGGACAAAAACCCCAAGACAGCGAUGAAAGCUCGGACGAGGGUCUGGAAGACGAGGACAGUGGAGAUUCUGAAGAAGAAAUAAACGAGGAGGUUAUUGUGGACUUUGAAGCGCACGCUAUAUCUGACAACGACUUUCAUGGCAUUAAAACCCUCCUGCAGCAGCUGUUCCUGAAGUCUCACGUGAACACAUCCGAUCUGUCUGACAUCAUCAUCCAGCAGAAUCACAUCGGCAGCGUCAUCAGACAAGCGGAGGUACCAGAGGACAGUGAUGAUGAAGCUGACCCAGACGAGGUGUUUGGAUUCAUCAGCAUGGUGAACCUCACCGAGAGACAGGGUGUGGAGUGUCUGGAGAAGCUGAAGGACAUGCUUUUAGAGCAGUGUGCCAAGAGCAGCUCCCCGGAUGUUCAGGAGCGGUUCGAGCAGCUGCUGCUGGGUGACGGACAAUCUGUCGGGCUGCUGCUGAGCGAGAGAUUCGUCAACGUCCCGCCACAGAUCGCCCUGCCCAUGCACAAACAACUUCAGAAGGAAAUGGCUGAAGCACAAAGGACCAAUAAACCCAGCGGUAAAUGCCAGUUCUUCCUGAUGAUCAGUAAAACCUGCAAACCAGCCAAGAAGAGCAGAUCUGGUGCAGCUCAACCCAAAGAAGAGCUGCUGUUUGUGAACGACGAGGAGGAGUUCUUCUACGAGCAAGCCACACUGAAGUUCAGUUACUGCGUUCAGGACGAGGCUGAUUCCUGUGCGACGGGAAAGUGGUCAUACGAUGACGUACCGAUGAAACCGUACCGCACCGUGAUGGUGAUCCCGACGGACAGGAUGGGAGCCGUUAUGGAUAAAAUGACUGAAUAUCUGACCGUCUGAACCGUCCAACACUGAACUCUGAAAAAUAGAUGUUUAAUGUCCCAGGCCUUGAGUUUAAGACAACUGGACACAAAACAGUUUGACACCAAGUCACCCAAAACCAGUGAAAUAAUCUAUUUCUGUACAUAAUAAGAUGAAAUUACCCCCAAAAUAAACGACCCAAACAGGA